CUAUCAGAGAACUCGCGCCAUCUCGCGGUAGAUUGAAAUAGGAGAAAACAGAAAUGGCGGACGAACAGGUGAUUAAAAUUUGAAAACAAUCAUCAUUUUUUUUUCAACAAUCUGUUAAAUGUCUUGUAUAAAAUACAAGACAACUGAAAACAAUAACUUCUUCAUGCAGCCUGUUUUUUUUUCUUUUUUAAAGAAUUACUACAAAAUCAAUUCUGCUACUAUUUUACUAUUAGUAAUUGUUAGUACUGAACAAAAACAGAGUUUACAGAGUCGACUCUUGACAAUCACUGUAUUAGUCUUAAUUAGUAUUAAGUUUAUUUUUAGUUUUGAGUAACUCAAACUAUAAAUAGACUAGUUAUAGGAUUACAGAGACGAGUCUCAUCUCUCAAGCCAAUCAUGAGAAUUAAGACUGUCAAUGCUCGUUAUACUGUGAUGAGGAUGUGUGGGAGUAUUGAGGUGCUGCAAAUGGUCAAAUCAAAUGCAUGCUGCCUCCAGAAUGACUGACAAGAACUAGAAUCAAAGUGCUAUUUAUUAUUCUAUUUUAAUUUACACUUCAAAUUGUGUCUAAUUUAUUAAUUUUGAGCUUGAUCAUAAUACAAGGCAAGAUGUGACAAGAAAUUUAAAUAAAAAACAUAGGCCUAUUCAAUUCUCUUCUCUUCUCCACAACUUUAUCAUACUCAUACAACAACAUAAUCAUACUCAUAGGCCUACACACUCACAUCCCACAAACAAAAGUAUAUGCAGUGGUCAUUGGUGUAGGAAGUGGGGUAAGGAGGGGUAGUCUGACAUGGGAAGCAAAAUGCACAAAGCAGAGUUAUACUACGAGACAACACUAACCCUACUAGCUGUGGCACUGCAUGAAUGAUACUAGUAUUAAUGUCAUUGAUACUCUCUAACCUUAAGUUAUGAGUUGAGUUAUUUUCAUUUGGCUAACAAGUCCCUGAUUAUUUCUUUCUCUUACCCAUCAUAACUAAAUUAAAUUAUGAGGUCGAUAUUGGGUGGCGCCAGAAGCUCCUUAAACAUAUUACAUGAUUAUUAGUAAUAUGAAGUGUCUACAUAUCUGGAGACCAGGCGAAUAAGUUCUUGAGAUAUUAUUCUGGUUAUUUUGUAUUGGGCCAUGUCACACAACCGCAGUAACAAAGUUGCACAAGAUAUUUGUCUGUCAGCCUUGUCACAUGACCGCUAAUAGUCGAUCAGAGUUUACUUCAUUUCAACAAAUUCAAGAUAGUCUGGAAAUGUACAUGAAAAAUAAAUAGGCUCAAAUCGACAAAAUAAAUACUAGAACAAUUGCUGGGAGAUAUAAUAAAUAAAUAGUUAAAAAGUGACAAUGUUAAAAUAAGCGUGGCAUGCCCGCCGGGUGAAUAUCUCCAGAACUAUAUGUCCGGUCGCCAGAAAUGUGUAGACACUGCCUUAGUAAUAUUAAGUGCAAUUAAUAUUAAGUAAGAUUAAGUGCAAUGCUUCUUUUCUCACGUUGGCUUAUGCAAGGAUCAGUAUAGCCUAAGCCGUAAACAGGAUUUAAGCUCUUAACAUAAUUCUGGAUGAAUUUAGCAACUUUAUUGCCCUUGCCUCUUCUCUUGUGUAGUCUCAGUUGCAGAAGUAGAGCACAAUGCCUCUUCACUUCCUGACAUCCACCUUAGCAUGAUUCAGACUUAAUGCAACAACUUUAUUUUAUCGAUCAGGCACGUAAGACCCGCUUUCCCCACUUAGUCUUGUUGUAGAGGUUUUUUUACGUACUGGCAUUUCUGCACACCAGUUAUAUAGUCAUUUAUUAGAUAUUUCAAUAUAUUUUAUAGAGUAAGUUUUUAUCCAAUAUGUCGCAAAAAAUGGUGUGUUGUCGGGGAAAUAGGAAGUGUACAAUUUACAUGCACAUAAACACAUAAAUUUAGCCUUAGGAAUCUAUAGUUAUUCUAAGGCAGGGGUCGGGAACCUAUGGCUCAUGAGCCAGAUGUGGCUCUAUUGAUGGCUGCAUCUGCCUCGCGGACAAAUGUUCAAUUAUAUAAAAAAGUCGCAUUAAUGGUAAGAAAUACUCAUUAUUGAUUAGCAAUAGCAUAACAAUAUUAUUAAAAAGAAUUCAGAGACCUAAUUAUUGCAUUUUUAGUGUUGAAAUUACACAAAAUGCACACAUUUACUUGAAUUUUUAGUUUUAAACAUAAUGUAUGGCUCUCACAGAAUUACUUUUCAAAAUAUGUCGUGUCCAUGGCUCUCUUAGACAAAAAGGUUCCCGACCCCUGUUCUAAGGGCUUAUCCUGCUCUACAGAUUAACCUCUUAUACUUAUUUUGGUUUUAGUAGAACCUACGGCUUGGCCUACUCUCCUAUCCUUAUAUCUGUGGGCACAUUUACUUUUAUUUGUUCAACUCCGUUUUUAUUCUGUAUUUCAUUUGAAACAGAUAUUGUAAGCCAGCUUUGCUUGUCAAGGCCAGUUUUGAUCUGCCACACACAAUUUUUUUUUACACUUCAUUUUUUUUCUUGACCUAUUUAAAGUCUAUUUCAUUAUUAUUUUAAAUAGCAUUUUUCAAAAUUCAGCUCCUUUAUUUUUAGACGAUAUAAAACUGAGAACAUGUCAGUGGUAAGAUUUUAUUGUUUUAAGUUUUGCUCCUUGUUCUGCAUCAUGGUUGCAUUGCUGAGUGUACCAAGCCAAAAUGAACUAAGGUGACAUGGGUUGUUUUCACAAAGACUAAUUAUUACAGUUUAGGAUAGAGCAUUGUGUUCAUGCUUUUCAACUGUCUUGUCUGGUAAGAGAGGUUACAUACAUGUGUAAUAGCCUUCAAACAUACUGCCCUAGGCUUAAUGAAAAUAGUGAUACAGAUGGCUAAAUUACACUAUUAAAAUUAAAGAUUGAAGAAAAAAAUUAAGAUUACCAGGAAUUUUGUUUCUUAUAUUUCAUUUCUUUCUUUCUUUAUAUCUACAGGAGUUGUUGCAGCUGGAAAACCUUUGUAAGCAACUUUAUGAGACUGCAGAUGGAAAUAUCCGUGCUGAAGCUGAGAAGGCUCUUGUUUCAUUUGCAAACUCUCCUGAUUGUCUUAAUAAGUGCCAACUUCUUCUUGAACGGGGAAAUGUAUGUUCAAAAAAAUAUUGCUUCACACAUUAUUAUUACAUGACGCAAACCAGGAUCACUUUAAUAUAUUAUAAAUAUGCAAAAAAUUAUGAAUAAUAAUUCCAAAUGAGUUUGCUUCAACCCUUAAUUGUGAAAAUACAUAUGUGUAAAUUAAAGCACUUUUGUCCUAUUCUCAUUAAAUUUUGAAUUUUUGUUUAGUGAUUGAUAAUUUUGUCUAUAUCACCACAGCAUUUCCAUCUAAAGAAACAACUUAGCCUUGUGAAUAAACAAUGGAAGAUUAGGAUUAACUGUGUCAUAUUUUACAAUAGAUGGACACUUCAUAGUGUCUUAUAUAACUCUGCAAAAUUUGAAAAAAACAAUUUUUAAUAUUGUCAGUGCACAUUUUACAGCUCAGUAAAGUUUUUUUUUUAAAUUUUUCGUUGAUCAUAUUUUUAACCUGUGCAAUAGUGACAUGCAGAAAAAAGUCAAUUUUUACCUAAUGUAUUUUUUACACCAGUCUGCAUAUGCUCAACUCCUUGCUGCAACUACUCUCACAAAAAUGGUUUAUAGGCCCAAUGUAACACUGCCUCUUGAACAACGAAUCGAUAUCCGUAAGUAUAUUUUUUCAUGGUGAUCUGAGACUUUUUUAUAUAUUUUUUGUUUAAGACUCUUAUGGUUAUUGCUGAAUUAAAAGCCUUUGCUACAUCUUAUUAUUUGUACUGUCUUUAUUUCAGGAAAUUAUGUUUUGAACUAUCUUGCCACUAGAACAAAGCUAACACACUAUGUCUCACAAGCACUUGUUCAGGUAAGAUGUUAGGUACAUGGGCAGUUACACUAAGCUUUGAGCAGGUGAUAAACUUGCAAGAAAUCAAACUAGUAACUGAAAUGCUAAUAAUCUCUAUAAAGAGGAAUUAGUUAUCUCUAACGCAUUAGUCAUAAUAAUAUUUGUGUAAUUUCACUGUCUUCUUCUCAUUUACUAACCUUUACAUUUAAAAAAUAAUUCCAUACAGCUGUUUGCAAGAAUUACAAAGUACGGGUGGUUUGAUGUGAAUAAAGAGGAAUUUGUUUUCCGCAAUGUUGUCACAGAUGUUGGAAAAUUCAUUCAGGUAUAGUGGUGUUUUCAGUUCCAAUGCCUAGCUAAAUAAAGUAACUGAUUAAUUAUGGUUAUUAAGACUAUGUAAAAAUUUAUUCUGUUAACAUAUCGUCUGUUAUCAAUAAUUUAUUUUUUGUCCGAUAUCAUGAUCCAAAAGUUCAAUAUUUACUUACAGAGUGGAUCUACACACCAUGUAAUGAUUGGUGUACAGCUUUUGUCUCAGCUGGUCUGUGAAAUGAAUCAAGUCAGUGAGGUGAGAGAAGCUAUCUUUUAGUCACUUGUAGUGUACUUUCCUACAAUAAACAAGUGGAAAAUGACCAAUCAUAUUAUUGAUUGGAUCACAGGAUCUAGUCAUUGAGAAUUCAGUUACUGAUAUGUAUAGUUGAUCUAAUUUUUUUUUAAUUUGCUAUUUGAUUAGUAUUUAACACAUUGCAAUGUUUCAAUAACAUUAAAAUUGCUUAAUUUUAAAUUUUCAGUCAGAAGCCAGUCGUUCACUAACCAAACACAGAAAGAUUGCUUCAUCAUUUAGGGACACUCAACUAUUUGAAAUUUUUCAAUUAUCUUGUUCUUUGUUACGCUCAGCUGCUGGGAAUCUCAAAUCUCUUGAUUUCAGUGACAGCAAUCAGGUAGAUUCAAAAGUAAAUGCUUCAUAUUCUAUUUUUUUUCUACAUUAGCUCUUUAAAAAAUAAAAAUGAUCAAGAGUACCAGUAACCUAAGAAAUGGUAUGUUUAAGUAAAUAAGUUUUCAUUCAGGAAUUCGCAGUUUUAACCCUAUAACUGUCAUAACGGCUGGUAAUCGGCCGUUGUACCCCUUUCUGUGGUGUCGCAGCCAAUACAGUUGGUCGCUAGCAAAAUCUUCAUUAAAAAUGUGAAUUGAUUUAAUGUAUAUUGUUAAAGGGGAAAUCACUCUAUAUAAAUGAGUUUACUUCCUAUUUCCGUUACUAUCUGUUCUUUGUGUUUAUGUGCUUUUAUCUGGGAUUUUUUUUUUUUUUUUUUUUUUUUUGUGAAUCAUCAUUAGUGAAAUUUUCUCAGAUGUUUUGACCGCCAUAAUGCCUGAAAGGCCCCCAUUCAGUUAUUGACAAUUUUAUCCCUAAGCUUAGUCGUACAUUACAGAAAAAUAUUUUUUUUUUUUUUUUUUUUUUUUUUUUUUUUUUUUUUUAUGUUCUUUUUUCUGGGUUUUUUUUUUUUUUUUUUUUUUUUUGUGAAUCAUCAUUAGUGAAAUUUUCUCAGAUGUUUUGACCGCCAUAAUGCCUGAAAGGCCCCCAUUCAGAUAUUGACAAUUUUAUCCCUAAGCUUAGUCGUACAUUACAGAAAAAUUUGUUUUGGAAAGGGUGGAAAUCGAACAGAAAAUAACAGAUUUGAUAUGUUCUGGAGUAUUGAUUAAUAUAAAAUGGUUUUAAUAACUUCAAAUGAAAAUUUUAUAAAUCUCAUUUCAUUUGACUCCCCCCCCUCGCCUGUAUGACAUAAUUUUGAAGUUAGGGAAUGACAAAAUUCACCAAUAUCACAAUUUUCCAUAUAAUUAACUACAACUUGUCAUUUUCAGAAAGAAUAUUGCUCCUAGUAUCUCUCAAAGACUUGAUUUUUAUAAUAGUUUGAAGAAUUUAUUGAAUAUUUAGGGUGGGUUGAAUUCAGAAGUUCAGUACUAAAAUUUUACUCACUCUGUAAAGGUCAUGGUCAAUAUUAACAUGCAUAAUAUACUAAAACACAUUUUUUUCAUACCAUAACAUAACUUGUCCUAUGUACUUUCAGAAAAUGUGUAUUUGUAAGGGUCUCUGAAUUCAUUUAGUCUGGGAUUUUUGUAAUUUUUAACAAGUAUGUGAAAUUGCUAAAAAUGGCUUCAUGCUUAUAGAAAAUUGUUCUUGACAGUUAUAGGGUUAAAAUUGUUACAAUAACAUCUUUGCAAAUUGACAUUUUGUGUUUUGGUUAGAUCUUCAAAACUAAAUUAAUUUUUAUUUUUUUGACAGCAUAGUCUGUUGUCUCAUUCAUUGAGGCUUGCUCAUAAUUGCCUGACAUUUGAUUUCAUUGGUACAUCAACUGAUGAAUCUUCAGAUGACUUGUGUACUGUUCAGAUUCCAACAAGUUGGAGAACAGGUUUGUAAUGACAUUAAAUGAACUGGAUACUUGAUUAUUCUUUAUUGUUAGCUGAAUUUUAAAGGGAUAGAGUAAUUCAAUUAAGUUUGUUAGAGACCAUAGAUUUGUUAUUUUAUUUCUUAAUCAUGGUAAUUGGAACUAUAAUUGUUCAUUUUUUUCCCUAUACAGCAUUUUUGGAUGUCAGUACCCUAGAAUUAUUUUUUGACUUAUAUAGUGGCCUGCCUUCAUCAUUGUCUUCUUUGGUAAGCAAUGUGUUAAAGUUGAUACAUGUAAUCGCUUAAACAUUGUUACAAAUUAUAUUUUGGAUUGAUUAGUUCUGACUCUAGCAUAUUGAUAACAUUUUCAUACUAUUGUAUCGUUUGAAAAGUUUAUGGUGUUACCAAUUUUAUUUUAAGCUAUUACAAUGGUAUCAAUUAUUAUAUUUAUUCUCCCUUUUUUUUCAGGCUAUCUCAUGUUUGGUGCAAAUCGCCUCUGUUCGGCGGUCGCUAUUCAACAACACAGAGAGAGCUAAGUUCAUUAAUCAUCUUGUUAUGGGUGUGAGGAGUAUUUUGGAUAAUCCUCAGGUAAGUUAACUGAUGUACAAACAUAACAUUUAAAAUUAUAUUUAUGUUUACUGCUUUAAAGAAAAUAUUAAGAAAAUCUUAAAUUUUCAUCUCGUCAAAAUAUUUUUAAAACAAUAUGUUUAUGACACUGAAUUAAAGCCAGUGAUGUUUUAAAUAUUGUGAAAUUAAAUUUGCUCAAUUGUAUAAAAAAUAUUUGAUCUUUUCUUUAUAGAGCUUGGCUGACCCUGGAAAUUAUCAUGAGUUUUGUCGUCUUUUGGCUCGUUUAAAAAGUAAUUACCAGCUUGGGGAAUUGGUGAAAGUUGACAAUUAUCCUGAAGUCAUCAAACUGAUAGCUGAGUUUACGAUAACAAGUCUAAGGGUACUUACCUCUGUUUUCAUAUUUGAAUGUUUUCAUGCAUAGAGAUUUUAAAUUUAGAUGAAUUCUAAUUUUGAACACAUUUUUUGAAAGUUUGUAAAUAUUUGAUUGCUUUGGUUUUGAGGUUUAUUUUCUUACCUUUACAUAAUAUGUUUCUAUUGUGUUUUUAUCAAUUAUAACAAGUAUUUUAUUGUCACUUGUAAAAAUUUUGAAGUAAUUUACACCACAUUUUAACAUUUAAAGAAGAAUUUAAAUUAGAAACUGAUAAGUUUAAAAAAAUAAAUAAACGAGGCAAAUCUUAAUGGUAAAUUAAAAUAUGAAUUUUGAUCAGAAACAUGUGAAACAUGAAUGUAUUUUUAUCCCAUAGAUGUGGCAGUUUGCACCAAAUAGUGUUCAUUAUUUACUGAGCCUUUGGCAACGUAUGGUUGCAUCAGUACCAUAUGUAAAGGCUACAGAGCCCCACAUGCUUGAAACCUAUACUCCAGAAGUUACCAAAGCCUACAUUACUUCACGUUUGGAGUCAGUGCAUGUCAUUGUAAGGUAAUAUAUGAGUUUUAAUAAAACCAUUCAACAAACUAAUUAAAGCAAUGACACGUAGCUAUACAAGCAUACCCAUCCUUCUCUUGUUGAAUCCGCUGUCCAGACUUUGCGGGGGUGCAUUGAUGUUGUCAAGUCAUGGAUGACACUCAGCAAGUUGAAGCUUAAUGAUGAAAAAACAGAAGCACUCCUCAUCCACAAUCACACAUCAUCCUCUACCUCAACUCUUCCUACCUCAUUUCAAGUAGGUAACUCUGACGUACGAUUUACACCCUCUGCUAGGAAUCUUGGUUAUAUUCUUUCUAACAACAAGUCUCUUGAUAAACACAUAUCUCACAUUUGUCGUUCAGCGUACACCACUAUCCGUCAGAUCAGCUCCAUUCGCCACUACCUCACAGUUAGCGCUACAAAAACUCUAGUCUGUGCUCUUGUUCUCUCUCAUCUUGACUAUUGCAACUCUCUUCUGUCAGGUUCACCAAAACACUGCAUAGAAAAACUGCAGAAAGUUCAAAACUCAGCUGUUAGGCUAGUUUUAAAGGCAAAAAAACGUGAUACAUCACUCCACUACUCCAUUCCCUUCAUUGGCUACCUAUACAGGCGCGCAUUUACUACAAGUUGUCUGUUCUCUGUCACAACUUUUUCUUGGAUUCCUGCCCUUCAUAUUUAACUGAACUUCUUUCUGUCUAUUCACCCCUUCGACAGCUUCGCUCCUCUGCAGACAUGCGUAUUCUGUCCGUUCCCAAGACACACACUAAAACAUAGGGUGAACGAUCUUUCUCUUUCUGCGCCUCCCAACAAUGGAAUUCUUUGCCACUACACAUACGCAAUAUACCAACCACCCAGGCCUUCAAAACUGCACAAAAAACAUAUCUUUUUAAAUUAUACUACCCUAACUGAUUCCCCUCCUCUGACCGAUAAAUGAUCUUGCUGGCUGCCGUCCAUGGUUUGCCUUGUAAAAGUUAUGUGAUGGGGUGGGUGAAUAUACAUUGCUGUUCUUUAUUUCAUAAAUGUAUUUUAUUUUAAUGUCAUGAUUAUAUCUCUUGAUAAAAAUUUUUAUGUACAGCGCGGUGAGCCCAGCCCUAGGCUGGGGUACCGCGCUAUAUAAAACCUCUUAUUAUUAUUAUUAUUAUAUAAAACAUAAUGUUGAAGUACAAGAACAUAUAUUCAAAUAAGAGAAAUUGUUCUGGCAUAUAUCUAUGUUUGUAAUUAAUAUAUACUUGUAUAUAAAAUUACAAGGAGAAUCGUUUGAUAAUUAUUUAAAUUAAUAAUGAUAUUUAAGUUCCCAUCUAUUUACAGAGAUCAGAUAGAAGAUCCACUAGAUGACCAUGGAAUGAUAGCACAGCAGCUUGAACAGGUGAGUCAGUCCACAUACAAUAAUUUAAUUAAAUAAUUAUAUAUAAGCUGCGAGUUAAAAUAUUGCAAGAUUUUGUGAAAUAAUAUAAUUAUUAAAAUCUAUGAAUUUAAAUAAAUACAGUCCCUUGUUUUGAAUAACUAAAUUGUGUUGGCAAUCCACUUUCCACUGCAUAGAAAUCAUAAGUAAACAGAUUUUACUAUCUACAUCUUGUUCCAUUUGAGACCUGUUUAAAUUGUCCUGCUUCAUAAUUAUUUUCAAUUAUUACAUUUCAUUCAAAUCUUAUUUUUGUUAUUAAUAAUACCGGUAUGUUGAAACCAGGGGCUCUUAACAAGAGUCCUGCACCCUGGGUGGGUGCGGGAGGCAUUGUUAAGAGAUGUAGGAAGACCUAGACAGUUAUUUUGUAUAUUUAUUAACAUUUUUUUUUCGUGAGGUUGGGGGAUCUGUGUUUUGCAGGAAAUGCAUUUUAAAGCAUGAUGAAGUGCAGAGCUGCAAAAAGGUUGAGAACUCCUGGUUUAAUUGAGUCGUUUCCAGUGUUUUACAAAAUAUUGAUAUUUUUUUGUGUUUCAUGAUUAUUUUUUUAAGCUCUCAACCAUUGGGCGAUGUGAAUAUGAAAAGACUUGUUCCCUUUUAGUGCAAUUAUUUGAUGAAUCAGCUCAAAGAUAUCAAGAAAGGAUGUCAGGAGGCCCAUCUGUUGAACUUGCCAUUGAGGAAGGUAAUGGAAGCGUCCUUUCUUACAACAUUGUUAACUUAAAUAGAUCCAGGCCUGAGAUAUUUAUCAAAUUUUGUUCUUUUACAGGUCGUCUGACAUGGCUGGUUUACAUAAUUGGAUCCGUGAUAGGAGGUCGUGUGUCAUUUGCGAGUACAGAUGAACAUGAUGCAAUGGAUGGUGAACUUGUUUGCAGGUUAAAUUAAAGUUAUCACGCACUACAUUUAUGAAUGACUAAAAGUAUAUUUUAUGCCUUUUUUUUUAAUUUAUGCAUUUUGGAUUGUAAAUAAAUGUUUUUAAAAAAUGCAGUGAUCAUGAAAGUUGCAUAUAAAGGGCCAUCCAUAAAGUAUAUAACCAAUGAGGGAGGAAGGGGGUUCUGUCGAUUUUUGAAAAUUGGCAUAUGGGAUAAGGGGGGUGGGGUGGUAGAAAGUAUGUACAUUUAUUUAAAAAAUUCUUCAAUAAUUAUCCUGAGAUUCUGACUGUCCAAAAAUAGCAUAUUUAUAUCUCAAAUGCUGUAAAAAUAUCAUGCAUGUUUUAAUUACUGUCAUAAUGUUGUCAUGUAUCUUCAUAAAUAACCUCGCUAGAUAUCGCUUUGAUAGUACUCAGUAUUAAAGGUAUUAAAGUAAUAUUUAGUCCACCGUAUGUUCAAUGUUCAUGUGAUGUAUAUUUUGUUGGGCUAUGGCAGUGGUUCCUAAAAUUUGUUGACUCGAGGGACCUAUCCAAAAUUUAGUUUUUUUACCAAGCACCCUGUGUUAAAUUCUAACAAGUAUGCUUGGAUAUAGCGAAGUUAUAAACAAAAUAAAAUUAACGGGUAAAAAUAAAUGUAACAUGUAUGUUGGUCACUAAGUGUCACAUAGUAACUGAAAACAGUAGUUACUUCGGUGGAUUACAUUUCACAGACGCUGGGUGUCACAUUGACUUAAUAGUGGAAAUAAAAUUAUACUUUGCAAUGACUCUCUGGCCCCCCUUCUGUUUUCGAAGUUUAUAAGAUUUUAUAGUUUAAUUCACUAUUUCGGCCAACUGCUUUUCUUCACCCCAUUGUCAUGCCCCUGCCUGAGGGCAAUGUGGCAAACUGGGCUUGAAAGGCAGUGAAAACGAUGACACAUUUCCUUACAAUGACUUCACAGUUAUAUAAAGAUUAUUGGAUUUUGCUGGUAGUUGUUUGUUUGUUGUUUUUUUUUUUGUGGGAGUGGGGGGUUUGGCAGCCGGAAACUUAUUUUAUUUAUGCAUAGUGGGGCCAUCAAAAAAAGUAUGCAUACAGGAAGGUGGUGUUUGGGGGUCAAGAAAUUUGACUUUGGUUAUCUACUAGAUUGAUGGCCCCCAAAGUUGCUCCAAGUGUACACAGUACUUUUUUAAAAUCAGAUUGUUUCAUUGCUAUUAUUUUCUGAAAGUUUGAGAAACCCUGACUUUUAAAUAAAUGUCUGAUGUUAGAAAAUUAUCUAAUUAGGGUGCUUCAGUUAAUGAACCUAACAGACUCCAGACUUGCCCAAGGUGGUUGUGAGAAAUUGGAUCUUGCCAUUCUAAGCUUCUUUGAGCAGUUCAGGAAGAUUUAUGUAGGGGAUCAAGUACAGAAAACUUCAAAAGUGAGUCUUGAAUUUCUUCCACUUUGCUACAUGGGUUUCAAUGUUUGGUGUCUUGACAUUGGUGUUACUUACUUGUGGGAUAAAAUUGUUCUUGGUAUGUCACAUGGUUCAUAAGAAAAAGUUUAAAUCUUACAGGUAUACACUGAGAUAUGUUUUACUGUAAAAUUUAAAUAAACUUAUCACAUUUCUGAAGUUAUUAUCAGAAUAAUAUCUUUAUUUGGCAAGCAUUAAAUUGCAUAAAAUGAGAAGAUUUCACUUCAUUUAAAAUGCUCAACUUUUUUAUAUGGAAAUAGUUAUGAAUAAUUUCAUGUAGCAGCAAUUAUACAUUUUUAAAAAGUGAAAUAUAUCCCAAAGCCCCAUUAAGUAUUUGUGAUCUCUUAGUCUGUGUAUUAACUAUUUGGCCCAUUAGUGUCCAACAGUUAGAUUUUGCGCAAGUUUAUGGAAUGAGAGAACUCCUUACGUAAGGAUAUAUUUUACAGAGUUGCCUAAUAAGUUUUAUUUUAAUCAACUCCCUAAUCAAUGCCAUCAGUUUCUAGAGUAAGGACAAAAAUUUGUGACAUUACAUGUUAAGAUUAUCAUCCAUUUUGCCAAAUUGAAACUUAAAAGUAAGUUAAGAUAAGAUUCUAAACAAAUGGAAAUGUGUAUUAUUACAUUGUAAUUGUACAUAUUCAUUUUCAGCCCAAAAAUAAAUACUUAUUUUAACCAAGACAACAUUUUACAAUAAUAAAAAAUUAAACAAAAAAACAUCUAAAGGAAGAAAAUUUGCCUUGAAUUGAACUUGAUGAGGAACAUGGUUGAUACUGUCAAGGCAAUAGGGGCGUGCAUUAUGUAUACGUUUCUAAAUUCAUUUUUAUUUGGCAAAGAAGUUAUUCAACAUAUUGUACAUUAGUCAGGCCUUAUGGUGUCCUACAAUCAGUUGACAGCUGAAGCUAUGCACUCUUUUUGUACAUUGUAUAGUUUUUGCUGGGUAGCAUUAUUUUGUAACAGUAUUUUAUCUAACCAAUUUAACCAGCUUGUGUUUCUUUGUCUUCUACUGACAACAUUCUUUUUUUUUUUUAAAGCUUCAAUUUAUAUUAUUUUUUUAUCUAUUUUUGUGCGACAACUCUUACAGUAGUUAUACUCAUAUAAAAGUCAGUAUGUAUUAUAAAGAAAAAAAUUCUCAGCUUCUUUAAAUUACGUGCCUUUCCUCACAUUUCAGUAAUGUCUUAAAUUUAUUACAUAAUUAGUUAUUAACUAGCUAUAGCCGGCCAAACAAUGGCGCUGCAAUCUGUGAGCUUCCCAUCUUCUAAUGUUACUUUUUAAAACAUGCAUUCUGGUAAUGCACUUUAUAACAUACUCAAUUUAAGCUACACCCCCUAUGUAUGCAACCGCCUCUAAACUAUGUUAAUAUUCUAAUAUCUCACCCCUUUUACACCGCAGAUUUAUUACACUAUUUCCAUAAAACAAAAGAAAAUUAAUAAGCACUAAACACUCUUGCAGUAAUUUUAAGCAUCUCAUUUAGCGCAGAUAUCAGGAAUUUUAUGUAGUGAUAUCUGCCCAUCCGGUGUCUAUGGUUACAUUGUUACAUAGAGAAUUAUGUAUCUUGAGUUUUCAUUCAAUGACAUACCAUGGGUUUACUUUCAGGUGUAUCGACGCUUGUCUGAAGUCUUAGGACUCAGUGAUGAAUCCAUGGUUUUAAGUGUUUUCAUUGGAAAAAUGUAAGCUUUGAUUUGACUGUUAUUGCUGCAUGUAAUUUUUUUUGUGUACAUUUGCCAAUCUUUAAAAAAUCUCAGCACCAGGCUAAUUCUGACCAAGAUUGUCUCUCAUAUUUUUUAUUGUUGUUAUUAAUUUAUUGAAAGCCAUUCAAAAAGUUAUUUCCUUAUCAUUGAUUAUUGUAAAACAAUAUUAUCUAUUAAUAUCAUGGUUUCUUAUUUUGAUAAUUUGAAUACAGUAGUUUCUAAAACAUUUUUCAGCAUCACAAACUUGAAGUACUGGGGCCCGAGUGAGCAAAUUAUUUCAAAAACUCUCCAGUUACUUAGUGACCUGUCUGUUGGCUACAGCAGUGUCAGAAAACUGGUCAAAUUGGAAGCUGUACAGUUUUUGCUAAAUAACCACACGGUCAGUAUAAACAAGUGGCUCGGUUUGAAAAAUAAAAAAUAAAAAAUUUUAUCAGUAUUUUUCCAAGUUUAUCUUUGGACGUUAAAUAAUGUUGCAUCUACAAGAAAAGUUACUUUGAUUUGUGUAUGUUUAUUUUGAGACCAUGAACCUAUAUCAGUUAUAAUCUUGUGUCUUUAUUUAUGCAUUUAUCAAUUGUUGUAUUUAAGAGUGAACAUUUUCCUUUUCUUGGAAUCAACACUGGUAAUGGAGCCCCCAGUGAUAUGAGAUGCAGAACAACAUUUUACACUGCUUUGGGGAGGCUGCUGUUGGUAGAUCUAGGAGAAGAUGAAGAGAGAUUUUAUCGGUUUAUGUUACCCCUUACAUGUAAGAAAAACUGUCACUGUGGCUAUGAGUUUUUGUCUUUAAUUUUUCUAAUAUCCUAAAGUUAACCCAGCACUUGUGCAACCGCAUGCUGCCUUCAUGGACAUAUAAAUGUUAGUUAGCCUACUCUCUUAUAGAGAAUGGGGUUGUAGGGUUGGUAUUUACUGAAUGCAGCCUCAUAGACACUUCAGUGUGGCCUAAGAUAGCAAAAUUAUUUGGAGACAUUUGGAUUCUGGCAUAUGUUAAAGUUUGCUGAAUGUUGCCAAAGUAGUUCAGUUAUCUUUUUAUAUCCUUUAUCUUAACUUUGCAUUUAUUCGUGGCUGGCUGGCACAAUCUUUGGAUGGCUAAUUGACCCACUUCCCAUCAACCUAUCGAUCUGAAACUUGGCGCAUAGACUCGUUGACGUUGACAGCAUAUUAUGUCAAAUUGUACUGUUUUUCAAGGGGAACAUAAAGGAAAUAUGUUGACACUGAUUUCACGAAAUAAAAUUCCAAAAACUGCGCAAAAUGAGAUUCCUAAAAAUAAAAAAAAAUGAUGCAAGUGCAUUUGGUGCUUAAUAUUAUCUUUCUUUUUUUUUUAAAUAGUUGGUGAAAUAAAUCUGUAGUGAAAAAUCAGGCGUGAAACAAAUGUGUGCUGCGAGCCUUGUGGGGUGGGUGGGCUCUAAUUGGAAUUCUUAUUACGUGCGUUACUGGUCAGAAUGUUUUGUCAAAUUUUCAGCCUCACCCCCCAUUUCUCGAUAUUACAUUUUCUAAAGGAUUUAUACAAUAAAACUUUGUUUUUAGGAGUUGUCUCCCUCUUCUGAGGCCAAGACAGUAGUUAUCCAUCACAACAUUUUGUGUCAUCAAUUUUAAUAGUCAUCAUACAUAGAUAAGAUCAAAGGAUUUCUAUUAUUAUUUUUUUUAAAUAACACAAAUUAGCAUUCCAUGGUAAAUUUUUAAUCCUUAUCAAAUGUUAAUCCACUAGCACAUUUUGAAACUGUUGGUGGUCUGUUAGCAAAUGCUAAUCUGUCAAUCAACAUGGAAGAAGCAAAGGUAAAAAAAAACAACAUUUUUCUAAUUACAAAAUAUUGAAAAGAGGAAUUAGUCUAUAACUAAUAACAAGUAAAUAUUAACUUUUUUUUUUUAAGGGUCUUGCACCCACUCCUAUUCUUUUCUAUUAUUUUGAGGUGGGAUAUGCGCAUAAAUAUAUUAGGCAUUUGCCAAAACGUUUACAUUUGUAUUCUGUUUGAUUAUGAAUAAAGCUGAAUUUAUAUUUUUUUAUUUACACACAUUGUUUGUGUCUAAUUAAUCUAUAACAAGAAAAUGCCAUUGUCCAUUUAACUGUUAACUUUUCGACUGUAAACUAAAAGUAAGAAACUAGAGACUUAAAAGUAGUAAAAUUCAACACUACACACUUAUCAUUUGAAUGCAAUUGAAAUGGUAUUAGUUUUUGAAGCUUUCAGUUCCAAUAUAUGCCAGUCACAAAUGUUUUUAUUCAAAGUUUGAUGCAAAUAAUUAUAAAUAUUCUCUUCUACUGAUUUGUUGUUAGAGAUCCUUGAUUGGUUUAGCCAGGGACUUGCGUGGUAUCACCUUUGCCUUCAGCAACAAGACAAGUUACAUGAUGCUAUUUGAUUGGAUGUAUCCUUUUUAUUAAUUUUUUAACUGAAUAAUAACACUUCAAAAAUUAUUUGAAAUAAUUUGAUAGGAGUAGGGGCUUUUUCCCCCGGGAAAUAACCUGGGGCUUUAUCACUUGGAGACUGCUCCUGGGGCUCAGUCAUUUGGGGACUGCUUUGAGCUCCAGUAAAAUUUUAUUUUAAAAAAAAAUGGGAGCCAAAAUGUUUUUCUAAAAAUAAGAAAAUGUGCAGUACAAAUCAAAUACAUUAUUUUUACUAAAAAGCCCCUCCCCCCCCCCCCCCCCCCUCCUUAUCCUACUCUAUUAUUCAAUAAAUACCUGGAGACCAGAGGGGAGCUGGAAUGAAACAGAAGGAGCAACGUGGAGAGGCCAAUAAAGGCCUGUUCCAAAGCCUGGUUUGUGACAGCUGAAAUACCAUUCCACCUUAUACCCAGGCAUUUCUAAAAAUAAGUUGUCCAGUCGAUUACAGCACAGUAUAACUAUAGAUAGUUUAAUAUUAAUCAAGAAGGAACAUAUGUGCCCCCACUUACCUUACCAAUUAAGUUUGCUUUUUGGUCCACAAUUAUAAGUCAUUCAGAUCUUUAUUAUUGAAAAAUUUAGUUGACCGCUGUGUUUAAAUAAUGCACCAACAACAAAUGGAAGUAUAUUUGUGUUCAUGUCAACUUAAAAUGAUUUGAGACUUGAGAAAGCAGUGUUUGACACCUGAAUGGCACAAGUUGUGUUAGACACCUGAAGGGCACAAGAAGUGUUUGACACCUGAAUGGCACAACCAGUGUUUGACACCUGACUUGUUAUACAAAUAAUCUGGAGUACAAUUUUACCUUAACCUCCCUCCCAGCUACCCAGCCUUCACACCAGUGUUACAGAGAGCAGUUGAGUUGUGGUACCAUGACCCAAUGGUUACAACACCUAUCUUAAAAUUGUUUACUGAACUAGCUCAAAACAGGUCAUUUUGGAAAUUUAUUUCUAUAUUUUUAUGUUUAUAUUUAAAGAACUUUAACAGUUAAUUUAAAUGAAUAGCUGGAGUAGAUAUGCAUGUUUCUAGUUGGUUGAAAUCUAUAAUUAACAUUAUUUGAUGAGAUUCUCUCAUACUAUAAUUCUUAUUGAAAAUGUAUUGUAUAGAGUUCUUCAUCCCUAAAUAAAGAUUCACAAAAGUAUACUUAAUCAUAUUAGCUCUGUAAUUUGAUUGCAUAUUUUCAAAUUUCAUAAAGGUUAAGUCAUAAGUAUUGUAGUCAUUAUGUAAAUCUUGUUCACAGAUCACAGCGUCUUCAGUUUGAUGUUUCUUCUCCCAACGGCAUCUUACUCUUCAGGGAAAUAAGCAAGAUGGUUGUUUGUUAUGGUAUGGAUUAUUUCAUAGAUAAUUUUUUUACUCUUGUGUAUCUUGAAAACAGACUGGCAUAAAUUAAGGAUAGUUUUUUGUUCCACUAUUGGCUUAAGUUAAAAAUGUUUAUUGUUUUAAUUAAUAUUAGAAAGCCUACUGUAAAACAGCUUAGGUUUCUCUUCCUUUUUAACUGAAAUAAAUUUUCUAGUCAAUAUUGUAAUAUCUGAGUUAAAAGGGCUAGUUAAUUAUUUUCUUGCGAACAAGAUAAACUCCAUCUCUUCUUUAUUAAUCAUUUUUUUUAAAUAACUAAAACUAUGUUUAUGAAAUAUUACUAUAUUUCUAUCCAGGUUCAAGAAUCCUUACAAUAGGUGACAUUCCAAAAGACAGAAUUUACCCAAUGAAAUAUCCUUUAAUUAAACACUUGGCCAAGAAAUAUUUUCACAUAAGGACAAUUUUUUAAAACAAAAUUUCAUUUACAACAUCAGACACAUAUCUAUGCACAAUUCUACAACAAUGUAUUCCUUCCCUGGUGAUGUGUAGGUUUUCCCAGUAACUUUUUCACAUUAAAAGUUAAAUAUAAAAAUUAGGAAUAAUGUUGUCAUUGUUACAUGUGAUGUUACGUUUAUAUAUGAUUCACUUAUUAAAUUGGUUUAAUUUGUAUAUACUUUUCCAUUUAUAAGUUACAUUACUAACCUCACACUCAGGAGACAUAGGCACAGCUAUUUCCUUAACCACUCUUUUAAGUUAAAGGGAAUCUCUAUAUGUUUUUCAAUGCUGAAAGCGGCGCUGUGUGGUAAUUAUGUCAAUUUUGGUGUGUUCCGGUUAUAUGGAGAUGGUGCUCUGGAUGAUGUUUUAUCUAUGUUUGUUAAGCUGCUACUUUCUGUGCCACAGAGUGAUUUGCUGGUAAGUGACUUGUGGAUGAAUCCUGAUUGGAAUUUUAUGCAAGGAAACUUUGAAAAAAAUUAUAUUUCCCAAUUUUAAGUUGUCAUUAUUUUUAGUAGAGCUGUUCAUAGUGUUGCUAACAAGAUAAAUCAAUCUUUUUACCCCCAGGACUAUCCAAAGUUAAGUCAGAACUACUACGGUUUAUUAGAGUGCCUGGCACAAGAUCACAUGUCAUUUAUUAGUAAUCUAGAACCACAAGUGUUUCUUUAUUUGUUAUCAUCCAUCAGCGAAGGUCUCACCGCAUUAGGUAAGUUUUCUCUAGCAAUACUUCAACUUACAAUUGAUUUAAAAACGGAUCAUAUGUUUUUUAAUAAAAUCUUUAUAUAUAUAUAUAUAUAUAUAUAUAUAUAUACCGGUAUAUAUAUUUCAGUUUAUUAAUUAACUUGUGAAAAAGGUGUUAAGAUCUAAAAGUAACAUUUUUUAAAAGUCAGAACUGCUUCAAAUUGACUCUUUAAACCAGGCUAACCAAUGGUUGGCAUUUAAAAAAAUAAAAUAAAAAAUUAAUUGAAUAAAGUGAUCAUCUUUAAUUCAGCCAAGGUGUAACUUGAAUGUUUGGAUAACUACUAUCGACUUUUUCUCUACGGCUAGUAUUAAAAAUCAGCUUUAAAAAGACAUUCUCAUUGUUUUUCCUGAUCAGCCCUGGUUCCCAAACACAUGGGUCGAGACCCAAAAUGGGGUCGUGGAGGGCUUUCUAUUAGUUUGCCAGCUGUGACAAUAAACUAAAAAAAUAAUGAAUUUAAAGAAAUGAAAAUUUUUUUAUUGGUGUCCUAAUAAAAGUUUUAAAAUUUCAUACAGCAUCUAUUUUCUAUGUCUUUUCUCCUAUUAUAUUAAUACUUGUAUAAUGUAUCUGGGUAAGGGUCACUUUGAUUAUGUAAGAUGGGGGUCUUCGAUUACUUAUUCUAUACAUAUGGGUUGCAAAGGUUGGAAAUGUUAUGGCCUUCUUUCAUUGUCUACUACCUCCGAUAGCAAAUACUUGAUGUCUAAUCUUAUGGCAGACCUGUUUGAUGAAUUCUCGUCUCUCUCUUGGUCAAGUAACUCAAACACUGAAUAGUUCAUUGUCAAUUCUGUAUUUGUUUCUAUGUACUAAAACAUCAACUUGGUACAUAAUACAUCUGGCAGAGAAAUAUCCUCAGGCAACAAGCCCCACAGCGAAUCUAACAAAUACUAUCUCUCUCUCUCUCUCUCUCUGCUUGACUCUUGAUUACUCUAAUGAUCUACUCUGGACUCUCUCAACUAUCUCGCUUGUCUAACUCAUCUCACUAAUGACCAACUAACACACCGCUCUUUUAUAUCCCAACAAAACACUCAGCAUACACUAAAGCUCAACACCACGAACCAACUUCACGCCCUGACCUCACGAUCAACAACUCCCCCACAAACGUUCACAAAAAUCUAGUUCACAACAGGAACCUGUAUUAUACAGUGUAAUUAUUUAUUGACCCCCAUUACUUGUAUCUUUUAUUCCCACAGAUACAUUGGUUUGUAUUUAUUAACCACCAUUGUUUUAUGUAUUCCUACAGAUACAAUGGUUUGUACAGGGUGCUGUGCCACAUUAGAUAACAUCAUCACAUACCUUUUCCGUCGCCUCAUCAACAAGAAAAAGCAAACUCCUAACCAAAUACCAGACAGUGAAGCAUUCCUCUGCAUAUUAGAAGUACACCCCGAGAUAUUGCAGCAGGUAGGAAUGGUUUGGAAAAACGUUCCACAAACUUUAGGAGAGGUUUGUCAACAGUCUGUAGCUUAUUACAACGUCAUGUGAUAUAGGGAGUCACCCAGCCUAAUGAUUAUUUUAUCCAUUGUUGGACAGUCCAUGUUUGCAAUGCAAUAAAGAAGCAAUUUUUUGUGAAGAUCAUCGUUAACUCUUUUCUGUUGUUGCUAAUAAAUAGGGGGGGGGGGGGGGUUCCUGACACACCUCUUUUUAAAAAAUUGUCAUAGCAGUAAAUUCAUGCAUCCCUGAUUGAUGUUAAGAUUUCCUUUGUUCAGGCAUUAAGAUUUAAGAAGGCAGGAGGUGAGAAUGAUUCAAGCAAGAGGUUGGCUUUUAAGAUUAAAAAUGCAUUGCAAUAUUUUAAAAUGUGAAAACAUGAAAUUCCUUAAUUUCCUUUUUAUUUGCUAGCGGUACCAGUUACAUAACUCAAAAGUUUCACAGAGAAUUUAAAAAAUCAUUUUAAGGGGACUCCCUGUGUUAGUCUGUUAUAUGUCAUUGUUUUAAUUCACAAAGAAGUAAACAACGUUAAAGCUUGUCAACCUCAGAAAAGAUUAACAUUAUUUGUAGGUCAAGACUAACAUCCUAAUUGUUUGUUUGUUUGUGUGUUCCAGUAUUCAUUUCAUCUUAAUUACAAUAUUAAUGGGAUAAAUGCAGCUCUCUACCGUAGAGAUAUUUUAAUGUAGCAUGUUUUUAUUUUUUUAUGGAGAUAUGUAUCACUCAAGCAAAGAAAGAUUAUUUUUAUCUCUGCAGAUGUUGUCAACAGUAUUGAACAUCAUUAUGUUUGAGGAUUGUCGUAAUCAGUGGUCAAUGUCUAGACCUUUGUUGGGUUUAAUUCUCCUUAAUGAAGAGGUAAGCAUUCAAAGUCUUUGCCCCCUUUUUUUAAAUUGCUUUGUACGAGUUAGAAAUAGUAUCAUUGAGUACGAUGUCUUGAUAAAUAUAAGCAAGACAUCGUCAUUAGACAAUGGUUUUAUUAAAAACAAUGAUAGCCGGUCUAUACAUGUCAAGAAUGAACUUUUAGCAUUAUUAUUUAUAGUAAUUAAAAUGUGUUCUAUAACAACUCAUUCAUCUGUUUGACAUGUCUUACACCAUUUUCCAAAUGAGCAUUCAUGGAUAUUUUGUUGCAACAUUUUUAAACAGCAUUUUGAUUCUUUUUCACUACAGUACUUCAACAAACUCAGGAACAAUAUUAUAUCAAGUCAACCUGCAGAAAAACAGGAAGGUAUGGCCAACUGCUUUCAGAACCUCAUGGAUGGGGUAGAGAGGUCCCUCUUGGCCAAAAACAGAGACAGGUAAAGGGAAGAAUUUAUUUACAGAAAAGUUUAUUAGACUUACUUUGAUUCUAUUGUAAUUUUGAUUCUAUUGGCACCUUUCUCUUUUAUAUCUGGUGUGAGAGAGCUGCACCAUUAAUGCACCGCACCUUCCACCUGGAAGUUGAUGGUCUGACCCAGGAGACCACUUUCAAACCCCUGAUUGGGUGGGUCAGAGACUUGGGUGUUUCCUUGAUGCCCGCCUUGCUUGGGUGUAAAAAAGUUGUGGUAGGGCUAUGUUGGGGUGGAGGAGCAUCAUGUAGUAUUUUAAUAGAUGUGAAAGGCUCAGUAGUUAACAACACAGAGAUCAGGUUAUUCUUUGUAUCUUCUUAUUUCCUGCCGGUUAUCAUUCAUAGAAUUAAAUCUCAUUAUUCAUUGGCUGGUAAAAAAAUCUUCUUGUAAAGAGUUGAGCCACACGCAAACAAGUUUUUGUCUCUGUAUUUCUGCAGGUUUACUCAGAAUUUGUCUGUGUUUAGACGUGACAUCAAUGACUCUCUGAAGGCACCAAGCAACAGUCCCACUACAGACAUGAUGAAUUAUGGAUAACAUCCAUUACUCCAGUUAGAUUCCAUCCAUUUGUUGCUUGCUUGUUGUUUGCCACAUGACAGCUGGUCAUAUUAUUUUCUCUGUCUCUCCAUCUGCUUACUUCAAAAGUGGAAAACAUGUACAAAAAAUAAUCAUCCUCUACUUUCAUAGAUCAAUAUUUUUGGAUUUAACAAAAAAUAAAAUUAGAAAAUGAUCUGUUAAUCCUUAAGCAUUUUGUUAUUUAAUUCCUUUUUUAAAAAUGAAAUGCCCCAUCACCUCUAAUAAAGGAACAGUCAGUGCAAGAAAACUGUUGUACAAUUACUUGUUAUUGUGAAAGAAUUUUUAUGUACCGGUAUUCAUCAAAACUUUGGUAUCUUUACAAAAAAAGUACAUUAUUUCUUGUAAUUAGGUUUUUUGUGCAAGUUUUAAUUAAUGUUGUUUCAUUUCCAAUGGAUACUUACUUUAUACGGAACAAGUCGGCUUGCCAAAUGUGAGGUCAAAAUUUAUUGAAAAUAUGUUUUAGAACGGCCAUUAUAGAAAUAUGUCUAGCUUGGAAGAAGUGACUGCUCUUACAAUUAGAAUUGAUUUUGUUGUUAUUGUUGCUAAUUUCUCACCAAGUUGCAAUCAAAUAAGAAAAUACUGCCAUGUUUUAUGACAGUCUUAAAAAUGAUGAGAUUAGUGGUCAUGAAGGUAGUUACAUUUUGUGUGCUUAGUCUUGUGUUAAAUGCGUUUAGAUUUCUAGGGCAUACCUUAUCAAGGGAUUUAGAUAAUGAUAAUAUACAACUAUUAAUAGAUCAAUUCUUGUCCAGGCAUUAUAACUAUUUUAGUUAAAGAUAACAUAAGAAAGUACAUACAUCCUUUUGAAUGCUAUUGUUGUUUAAUUGCUUCAAACAUUUGGUUUUCUGAGGUAAACAAUUCUCUCACACAAAAGAUUGCUUGUAGCUGUGGCCUUGACUUUGUUGUUUUUGCCUCCCAGAGUAUGCUCCCCUGUGGGGUUGCCUGUCUGUCAUUUCUUUCAUAAAAUAACCUAGACUUCUACAUCACUUUUGUCAUAUUCAAUAUUUCUAUAGAUCAAUUAAAAAUUAAUUCAUCCCUGGGGACAAAAUCAGAAAAAAAGCUCCAAAUGGAAAUGCUGUGUGCUCAUGUCCAGUCCAAUGUUCUAAUUGAAAUGUGUCAAGAGUAUUAAUAAUGUUGAUCCAUUGUUUAUUUUGUUGAACACCAUACUUGAAACAAGUCAUGAAAUGCCUUUUUGAGAAUAUCUUUGAGUUCCACUCUAUUCCUAUCAAAUGUAGGGCCAGGUCAAUUAGUUAAAUAGCAUUGCAUUUUUACGAGGUAUAAAGACUUAUUUGUCACUAUAACUCAGUUUUGAAGGAAUUGUAUUAUUUAGAAAAGAAUUUUUAUAAAGAAUGAUUUUAAUUUUGUUAUAAACAUUUGUUGAGGUAUCACAAAAUGAGGCCAUUUCCACUUGAGAUAACAAAAAAGCUACACAUCUCCUUACUAAUGGAUAUUAGAAGUUAUAAAACCUGGACUCAAUUCAGCUAAAUAUUGACCAAGAUAUCAGAUCUUGUACAAAAUGUGAUUUAUGUAAUCGCAGUAGAACAAAAUCAAUUGACUUUGGGGAUUGCUAUGACAGGUCAAUAAUUUUAUCUAAAUUUUGUGAUAGCAAAUUUAGAAUACUAUGGAUUAUUACAAUUAAUAAUGAUUGAUUUCAGAGCUUUUUCUUAUUUUCCUUGUUUGAGAUUUCUUGCUGAUGCUAUCAUUCCUGCCCAUUUGCAAUGCUGUAGUUCUCACAAACUAGAAUGGACAACACUGAAUUUUAUGUAUAUAUUUGUAGCUACUUUUAAUCAAAUUUUGGUGGUUUUAAUAGUUGUGAAUUUUAUUUUGCAUUAAAAUGACAACAAUCAAUGUUUAUCAAAUAUGAAUAAAAUAUGUUUUGU